CUGCUGCUGCUAUUGGGGAAGGUAUAGGCACAGAUAGCAGGAAUGUGUUCACUGAGAAUCUGCUUGUGGAUCUAAUCCCUGCUCGGAGGAGCCCAGCAUUGUAUCACAGAGCCCAGGAUCUAUAGAGCUGCUCACACCUUGCAUCUCAUCACUGUGAUAUCCGCAGGGGACACCGGAUUGCACUUGCUGCCACAGUUCUCUUCCUAUGAACCAGCCAGUGAUAUUUUCCACUUUGAAUUGGGAUUAUUCUUCCUGACAGAUUUAUCCUGCCUCCCUCCCCCACCUCAAGUAGAACUCUACCCUCCUCCUCCUUCGUUCUACUCUUCUUUCCUCCUUGUGUCUUGUCUGUUUAAUAACUAAACAUCAGCACCAGACCUUUCUUCCUCCUCUGUGACCCCCAGCACCCCCUGUCCAGCUUGCAUGGGAGAACUAGAUGAUCCAUUUCUGAAAUCUGGUCUGUAAUAGGUCGGAUUGAAUAUCACUCUGCAGAAUCAUCAUUAAAUUACCACAAGGUUGGUGCAGUGAUUGCUUUACGGAAGGGAAGGUUUUGUAACGUGGCUCAUCUAAUUGAACACUAAAGGAGCUUGAUUCAUAAACACCUUAUUGUUCUCCAUGAUCUGCCAAGUAUGGUGCUCGUGAAUCAGUAAAUCAAUAGAGACGACAGUGAAUACAAAUUACAGCAUCACAGAUCUGAAGUGGAGCCUCUACAGAAUAUCCAAAAGGCUUCUUUUAUUUUAUCUGGUGAGCAGGGAAGGAGCAGCGUAUGCAUAUAAAUGAACGCCAUGAGAAUGAGCUAUUUCAUACAAGCAUAAAAACCAGCAUUCAUUCUUUUGGGGAAAUUGAAAUGACCCCAAAUCAUAUUUGUUUGUGAGAUGGUCCCAGGAGAUGGACUGCUUUGUAGUGAUGACUUUAUCUGACAAGGCGCAGCUUCUUUUGUGAUCACAGAGAACCAGGACGCCACUGAACUUAAGAGGAUAAUACUCUGGAUUUUGGUAUUUCUCUGUCCCCUUCCUGUGGAAAUAUAAGAUCAAGAUUCUAGAAGCAGACUGAUUAAAUAAGAAAGAAGAUAGCAGUCUGUUGCCAAGUGUCUAAGAGAAGUGCCCCGAAAUGAACACCAACGAUGUAAAUGCUCCAGAAGGGGGUCUUAACGUCACAUUGACCAUACGGUUAUUAAUGCAUGGAAAGGAGGUGGGAAGCAUCAUUGGGAAGAAAGGUGAGACGGUUAAGAAGAUGAGAGAGGAGAGUGGAGCACGGAUCAAUAUAUCAGAAGGCUCCUGCCCAGAAAGAAUUGUAACAAUCACAGGACCAACAGAUGCAAUUUUUAAAGCUUUUUCAAUGAUUGCACUAAAAUUUGAAGAGGAUAUCAAUGCUUCCAUGACAAAUAGCACAGUCACAAGCAAACCACCAGUAACGUUACGGCUUGUUGUACCGGCAAGUCAGUGUGGCUCUCUUAUAGGAAAAGGGGGGUCAAAAAUAAAAGAAAUCAGAGAGUCCACAGGUGCUCAAGUUCAAGUAGCAGGGGACAUGCUACCAAAUUCAACAGAGCGUGCAGUUACCAUUUCAGGAACUCCUGAUGCCAUCAUCCAAUGUGUUAAGCAGAUCUGUGUAGUUAUGUUAGAGUCGCCGCCAAAAGGUGCCACUAUCCCUUAUCGCCCAAAGCCUGCCUCUGGACCUAUUAUUUUUGCUGGAGGCCAGGUAAGAGCGGAUACCAUUUUGGCCUCAGCUGGAAAUCACACCGUCCUGGCCCAACCUCAACCAGCACCUGCAUUUGCAAUUCAGGGGCAGUAUGCUAUUCCACAUCCAGACUUGACCAAGCUUCACCAGUUGGCUAUGCAGCAUACCCCUUUUACUCCCCUUGGGCAGACCACCCCUGGUUUCCCUGGAUUGGAUGCUACAUCCCCAACCAGUUCUCAUGAGCUUACCAUUCCAAAUGAUUUAAUAGGCUGCAUUAUUGGUCGACAAGGCAGCAAAAUCAAUGAAAUCAGGCAAAUGUCCGGCGCACAGAUCAAGAUUGCAAAUGCAUCAGAAGGCAACGGAGAAAGACAAGUCACGAUCACAGGCUCUCCUGCAAACAUCAGCUUAGCACAAUACCUUAUUAAUGCCAGCUUAGAGAUGGCUAAACUGAGCACCCAGACUGCUUCCGUCACGACCCCUGUUGACCUCAACAUGAACCUCUCUCAGUCUACCACCCCUUCCUCCACCCCUACCUCUAUGGCUAUGUUGGCAGCAGCUGCUGCUGCCUCCGCGGUUAACGUCAAUUCCCCUCCCCCCCUACCAACUUUACCGACCACCCACUAUGCUGUUCCUGUCUCCAGUCUGCUUGGCAUGAAAACUGUCCCACUCCUGGCAUUAAAUGCAGCGGCCACUGCGGGGGCCACUGGGAAUUUACCUGCUUAUACUGCCAAAAUUCCAUCGACGAGUGGGGUUAAGAAAUCUGACCGACAGAAGUUUGCUCCAUAUUGAAGGCAUGAAAACAAAGCUCUACCAAGAUUGCAUGGUAGAUCACUCUAAAGACAACAAUAUGGCAUUCUUAUUUUCUGUUUCAUUUUUUAUGUUAAAUUGCAAAGUGUUUAUUGUUGCUGAUUCAAUUUUGUCCUUUUUUUUCAUGACUAUUAACACAAAAUAGUUACUAGUUCCAACAGCAUAUGUUUAUCAGUUUUAUUAUUUAUUUAUUUGAGUUGAUGUUAUGUUUCAUUCUCUCUUUAGUUUCUUUAUGUAUAUGUUUUUAUUAGGGGUGGGUUUGGGGGAGAAAUGGAUAAAAUUACCUGGCACCUUUGCCUUACAAAAUUAAAUAAUUCAAAAAGUACAAUGUGGUUAUUUCUGCAAUUACUUUUUCCAAAAGAAAUAAAUAAUAUGUACAUUAUAUUCUAGAUAUAAAAAACAAUGUCUGCAGCUGAUAACCAGUUGUUCAUUGUAUAAAAGUGGUUGUAACCUGUAGUUGAUGAUAACUGGUCAAGUUUUAAGUAUAUCACAAAGCAAGUUUUGUGCCGCUUUGUCUGAAUCAAUAAGUCUGAACUUCACAUCCACGAUCCAUUGUCUUAACAACUAGCACAUCAUGGUGGCAUCCACAGCACUGUACGUGUCACCAGAACGUGAGUGCACCCAAGAGCUGCAGUUUAUUGCAAUGGUGUAUAGUCAUUUCUCUGCAUAAAAGUCAAUAUAAACUGCUACUGUUAUGAAGCAGUGGUAAAAACUUCCCUUGACUUCUGCUGGGAUGAUAGGGUUGUUCAACAGACUAAUUCCAGGCAUUGCAUUGCACAAAUCUAUUGUAUUAUUGAGACCAGAAAAUACAGAUAGAAACGUGUUUUUCUUAAGACAGUUUCUUAGCAGUUUUACUUUUAUAUUCAAAAGAACAAAACUACAAAAAUCCUUGAACACCGUUCGCGGAAACGGCAUCAGUUAUUUAAGAAUCCCGCUCAGCAUUAUUCUCAUUGCCCUGAGCUCUGAUCAAAUGUAAUAAAAGAUGAGCGCAAUAGAAAGCAGACAAUAAAGACCAUGUUCACAUUUCAGUGAUCCUUUUGUUGUAAAAUAAAAAUAAAUGUAUUUGUAUUAGCUAAGAAACUGUGUUUUUCUAGAUUUUAUAUAUUUUCACAUCUGUACUGUGGAGGAAUUAAAGCUUCAAUUAAAAUACAUUCAAAAGCUCAGUAUUAGCCUGUCCUCUAGUGGUUACUGCCAAUAUCAUGGUCCUUACCAUAACACUAAAGGAUUCCUACAUUGGUAGCAUAUAAUAAAAAGAAUGAUUCUACCAUGAGAUUAUACGUGUGGGAAUACACAGCGUACACAAAAGUCCAGGUACAGAAACGCUCUUUAGAAUAGAAUUUCUAAUAUAUUUUACAUAACAAAAUAAUAUAUUAGCAUGACCGAAAUAAUGCUAGCCACCUAUGCAUAGAAUAUCUUGCACUGACUUCUUAUAUAAUGGAUAUAUUAUUAAUAACAAUGUGUUGUGACACUACGGUGACACUAAGCUUUUACACAUACUUGUGAUCAGUCGUGGUUAAAGCAAGAUGGUUGUAUAGGUUAUUAAAAUAUUUUUUAAAUAUAGAAUUGUGAGAUUUAAGAUAGAAUAUAGACACAGCAUGCAAAGUGGACACAGAAGAAACAGGUUAUUACUGGAUGACCCUCUUUCUGGAAUAUUUUAGUUUAAUACCAGAAAAUUUAAAUCACUUUUAUAUUGAAAAGCUGGAUAUUCUCACUCUAUGAUUUAUGUAAAGUGAAUAAAAAACAUUACUUGUGUAUUCUAGUUAGUUUUGUUGGUUUAAUGGUUUAUUAGGUAUCAGGCUUUUACCUGCAGCAUAUCCAACACUAGCAAUACUAUAGAGGUCUCUUUAUCACUGCCUUUAAUAUAUACAGAGAGAUGUAUUUGCAUUAAACACUAUGAAUACAAUUCCAAACACAAUGGAGAGACUUAUUAAAACCUGUCCAGAGGUAAAGUUACUGAGUUGCCCAUAGCAACCAAUCAGAUUGCUUCUUUAUUUUAGAGAAGCCUUUUCAAAAACUAAAGAAGCGAUCUGAUUGGUUGCUAUGGGCAACUCAGGACAGGUUUUGAUAGAUCCUCCCCCCCUCCCCCCCCACAAUGAGACUAGAAAUCUAGAAAACUAAACAAGAAAAUAUGUGCGUGAAUCAAUAAGAUGUUGGCUGUACUACAUGUACUAUGCUAACACAUUAGCAUGAAUCACCUGAUCUAACAUUCCACUGUUAAGUAGUUAUGUACUUAUAAAAAAAUAAUAAUAAUAAAUAAUAAUAAUAAUAAUAAUAAAUUAUACAAAAACACCUUUUAUGUAGAUUCGAAUACUUAUUUAUUUUGAUCAGUGCUAAAGGACAAAAAAUUAUUAUAAUUUUGAUGAAUUUAUAAAAUCUAAAUUUUUCCGUUACCCAAAAAAUUUGGCUUGCUUUAAUACAGCCGAAUAUUUAUAAAGCCUGCCUUCUAAUACUUGUCCCUCAGGAAGGUAGGUUCAAUGGUAGUGAACAGUUUGGCUUUUAUGAUUCCAAAGAGAAAUUUCAAUUUCAUGUCCAGGAAUAUAUUGGUGUGCAUUGAUGUUUUUUUUACUUUGCAUUAUUGCCUUGUUGUAUCCUGUGUGUUAGCCCUACUUUUACCUGCCCAGCUUCCCCAUUUUAUCAUCAUCCUGACAUUUCUUCAUGAUUCUGAUUGAUUUUAGAAGUAAUGAUCUAUUGGCUUAUUGUACACUGUUACAUCCUAUAGGGGUUAUCCAGGACUAGAAAAACAGAGGAGAUUUUUUCCAAAAACAGCACCACGUCUGUCUCCAGGUUGUGUAGUAUUGGAGUUCCAUUGAAAUGAACGGAGCCAAGCUGUAAUACCACACACAACUUAACAGUUUUUGAAAGAAAUUAGCUUUGUUUUUUUAAUUCCUGAUAACCUCUUUAAGGGCACCCUUUUGCACUUUUUUACAUCCUCUUUAUAUCAUGCAGGACUUAUUCACACAUGUUUAUGUCACAAACUGCAGUGAGUUUUUUUUAGUCUUUUAGCUGCAAGGCUUCCCCUCCUAUAGAAGCUACGUGGCCAAAUAAAAAGAUGGUGUCAUUCAGCACGUGCGAAAGUAUUCCUAAAGUAGUUCUACAGUCCUUUAAAACUGAAGCUCCACCUUUAGUUAACACAGGCUGAAAAUAUAGUGGAGGAGAUCAAUAAAAACUUUAAAUGUAAACUUAGACUUAGGACUCAUGGCUCAUCUUUAGACUAUCCAGUCUAAAUUUAGACCAUUGCUAAGUUGGCUUACAUUUAAUACCCAAAUGGGCACCACAAUUUCAAGAUUGUUAUUUUGAGCACAACAUCACAACUAAGCCCUGCCUCUUCAUCAAAGCCCCACCCAAUUUAUGCUAAGCCAUGCCCCUUUCAUCAAAGCCACACCCAAUUUCUGCUAAGCCAUGCCCCUUUCAUUAAAGCCACACCCAAUUUCUGCUUAGCCAUGCCCCUUUCAUCAAAGCCACACCCAAUUUCUG